AUGGAAAGAAAUGAGUGUGCCUCCUUACCUUGUGCCAACGGUGGUACAUGUACAGAUGAAGUAAAUGGUUUCACAUGCGCAUGUACCAGAGGAUGGGCUGGGCCUACUUGCCAGUCUCCAACACCUACAUUUUUCGUCACCACAACAAACACAUCUCUUGCCACUGCUGGAGCUGCAGCCGCCACCUCGCUUCCUGCAUCGACUGUGUUUCCAUUUGUGCGACCAUCCAAGUGCAGCCAGGUCCAGGGUACCACACACUGCACUUGUGAGGCAGGAUAUACCAUUUCAGGUCGAGACACCAGCAUCUGUACAGACAUUGACGAGUGUGAAUUGUUCCAUAAUGGGCAGGCAGGACGGUUGUGUUUGCACGAUUGUGUAAACACUGCUGGUGGCUAUCGCUGUGCAUGCCCAGCAGGGUACAAUGUGACCAGAGAAGGCAGAAGCUGCAAAGAUAUUGAUGAGUGCGCCACAAGGCAGAACAACUGCACCCGUGAUCAGAUGUGUAUUAAUACUUAUGGAGGAUUUCAGUGCAUCAAGGUGGAGUGCCCACGCAUCCGAAAUGCGUCCUACGUCAAAACCUCACCCACGCUCUGUGAGAGGAACCCUUGUCCAGUGGACAAUAAGGCAUGCUCUCAGACUCCCAACUCUGUGUCCUACCAUCACAUGUCAGUGGUGUCGAACCUCUCAGCCCCCCGGGUCAUGUUCAGAGUUUCAUCAAUACGGAUGAUAGGCGAGACCCUACGUUUCUCCCUGCUAGGAGGCAGAGGACGACGCCAUUUCACUGUCCAACGAUCGGACCGACAGACGGGCCAGCUUGUGCUGCUCAGCCCCAUUCAGGGCCCCGACACACUCGAGGUAGAGGUGGAGAUGAGCGAGCUGGAGAAGAGGGCAGUGAUUGGACGCUACAUCACCAAGAUCACAUUUUUUGUGUCGCCUUAUGAGUUCUAG